AUGUUAUUUACAUGGAUAAGUGGAAUAACGGUGUCAACAAUACCAGCUAUUCUUAUCAAAAUUGUUCUUGCUAAAAGAGAAAUACGUCAAAAAAAUAGUUUAAAUGAAGAUAAUAAUUUAUUUAUAAAAAAAUUAGUCCGUGACAAACACCAUCCCAACGUUGAGAAUAAAAUACAGUCAUUGCCAAAUGUGGAGGAAAUACGAGUUAAAGCUUACAUUUUGAUAAUAGUAGUAACCUUGUCAAUUUGUUUUUUCAUUUAUCUCGUAACUUUUAUUGCCAUUGGACUGCGUUUACGGUUCCAUUAUGAGCCAAGUAGUUUAAAACAAGAUGAUAUUGUGAUUAAUCCAUGGUAUGCAAGUUUCAUUAUAACACUCACUGGUUUCAAUCAAAAUGGUUUAUCUCCAUGGUCAGACGGUUUAGCACGAUUCGUUACGGAUGUUUAUAUAAAUAUUUUUGUCAUGUUUGUGGUUAUUAGUGGAACAUCAUUAUUUCCAGCCAUUAUCCAUAGAGUUAUUAGCAUUUUAAAACAAGUCGCACCAUGGCGUUUUAAAAUAAUAUUUGACUACAUUUUAGUGAAUAAUCAUAGACUAACAACCGUUCUUUAUCCAGCUGUGCAAACCCGCUUAUAUUUGACAAUCACGUUGAUCAUGCAAAUAACCGGUGUCGUCAUCUCACUUAUCUUGGAUUUCACCGAUGAUCCCUUGAGUGUAUACAGCGGUGGUACAAGAUUUAUGAUAUUCAUGUUCGAGACGGUGAAUGCUCGAUUCGCCGGUUAUCAAACAAUUGACAUUGGUCAAUUAGCUGCUGGUACACUAUUGACUUAUAUGAUGUUAAUGGCCGCUAAACCACAAAUGUUGUGUGCCAUCAAUGAAAAUCCCUUUGAACUUGAAUGGAUUGUAUUACAAACUCAAGAGAAAGUCGAACAAAAACUUGAAACACGACGACAAAGCCUGGGAUUGCAGAAUACAACGGCCUUGGAUGGUAGAAGACAAAGUGUGGUAUUUCCAAUAAAUCGUGUUCAAAAUUUUCUAAAACGACAAAGUAUAGCGGCUAAAACAAGUGCAAGAAAACAUUUUUCUAAGCAUUUGAAACUAGCAUUAGCGAAAAAUCAAAUCCGUAUUGAUGAUAUACAUAGUGUGAUGAAUAUUGAUCAAGGAGGACAGCAGCCCCAAACUUCUCAUCGUCCUAGCGCAGUUGCUAGUGCUAGUUCAGACGAUGACGAUAGCAAUGUAUCAUGGUUAAGAAGGAAAUUAUUUAUUAUUGUUUUUACACGACAAUUACUCCAAAGUGUCUUUACUCUACUCAUUUCACCACGUAUGUGGCUUUUUCUCUUUCUUUUCUUAAUAUGUUCAUUUGAACAAUAUCAUUUGCAUCCAACGGAUCCAAAUAUUACUGUGUUUAAAAUUAUAUUCGAGCUCAUAUCAGGUUAG